AUGGCCUCCAGCUCUGGAGUAGGGUCUUAUUCGAACCCUUUGAAGAAAUUCAAGUUGGUGUUCUUGGGUGAACAAAGCGUUGGAAAAACAUCUUUGAUCACCCGGUUCAUGUACGAUUCGUUCGACAACACAUACCAGGCUACGAUCGGCAUCGACUUUCUGUCCAAGACGAUGUACCUUGAAGACCGCACCGUCCGCCUUCAGCUCUGGGAUACCGCCGGACAAGAACGAUUCCGCUCCCUUAUCCCUUCCUAUAUUCGAGACUCAAGUGUCGCCGUUGUUGUCUAUGAUAUUUCGAACGCCAAGUCCUUCCAGAACACUCGGAAAUGGAUUGAUGAUGUGCGUGGAGAGCGCGGUAACGAUGUGAUUAUUGUGCUGGUGGGUAACAAAACCGAUUUGAAUGACAAGCGUGAAGUUACAACAGCACAAGGCGAGGAGGAGGCGAAGAAGAAUAACUUGAUGUUCAUUGAGACUAGUGCCAAGGUCGGGCACAACGUUAAGCAACUUUUCCGGAGGAUUGCGCAGGCCUUGCCAGGAAUGGAAGGUGAGGCCAAGCAAGGGGAAAGCACAAUGAUCGAUGUGAAUAUCCACCCGAAGGAAACCACCACCAACGAUGGCUGUGCUUGCUAG